GACAAAGAACAGUUAGAUGCUUUAGUCGGAGAACCGGGGUGGUUUGGUGAAGGAAGUAGGAUCAUCAUUACCACAAGAAAUAAGUAUUUGCUAACUUCUCAUGGGAUAGAUGAAGAUCACAUCUAUGAAGUUAAACCUCUAGAGUAUUAUGAUGCUCUUGAACUUCUCAAUAAACAUGCUUUUCAAAGAAACAACAAAAAAUAAUAAGGAAGGAUCUUGUAAAUAUGGCUUUGCAUUAUGCUAAUGGACUUCCUUUAGCACUUAAGGUAUUGGGUUGUUCCCUUUGUUGUAGAAGAGAACGUGAGUGGGAAAGUACACUGCAUAAUCUUGCCAAGUUUCCUAACAAGAUCAUCAAUGAUGCUCUUAAGUGGAGUUAUGAUGGACUAGAAGACCAUGAAAAGGAAAUCUUCCUUGAUAUUGCUUGUUUCUUUGAGGGGCAAUCUAAAGAGUACAUUAUGAGAGUUCUUGACUCUUUGGACUUUGACCCUACAAUUGUUGUACAAGUUCUUGUUGAGAAGUCCUUGAUAAUUGAAGAGAGAGAGAUCAUACGAAUGCGUAACUUGAUUCAAUUGAUGGCCAUGAAUAUCAUUAGACAAGAAUGUCCUAAUGAUCCUGGAAGACGUACUAGGUUAUGGCUUUUUGAUGAUUUUCGUAAUGUUCUGUCAAGGCAUUUGGUAACAGAUGCAUUACAGUCGAUAGUUUUAAUUUUACCUGAGCCGAGAAAAUAA